UUCUAGAACGUUGCUGUGGUAGCGCUCGGGCGCCAUGUUAGGACGAAAAGGAAGGAGGAGAAGCGCUUAAAGCGGCGGGGCGCGGGUGCGGGACUGGGUUGGCCCUGGGGCUGAGGCAGGCCCCCGUCCCUCCCGCCUCGGUGGAUCAUGCCCAGGGCGGCAGCGGCGGCGGCGGUCGCGGGGGGGAAGUGACUGGGCGGUGCCGGCGCCGGAGACGAUGCCGUUAGACAGGGUUUCUCUGUGUAGCCUUGGCUGUCCUGGAACUCCCUCUGUAGACCAAACUGGUCUUGAGUUUACAAAGAUCCACCUGCUCUGUCUCCCAAGUGCUGGGAUUAAAGGCAUGUGCCACCACACCCCCACCACACCCAGCCAGCAAAACAUUUCAUACUUGGCUCCUGCCUUGAAUUCCUGCCCUGACUUCUUCGUGAUGGACUCUAAACUUCCAGUUACAACGCAGGGAUCACAACAAACGCAGCCGCCACAGAGGCACUAUGGCAUUACCUCUCCUAUCAGCCUGGCAGCCCCCAAGGAGACCGACUGCCUACUCACCCAGAAGCUCAUCGAGACUCUGAAACCCUUUGGGGUUUUUGAAGAAGAAGAGGAACUGCAGCGCAGGAUUUUAAUUUUGGGAAAAUUAAAUAACCUGGUGAAAGAAUGGAUACGAGAAAUCAGUGAAAGCAAGAAUCUUCCACAAUCUGUAAUUGAAAAUGUUGGAGGAAAAAUUUUUACAUUUGGAUCUUACAGACUAGGAGUACAUACAAAAGGUGCUGAUAUUGAUGCGUUGUGUGUUGCACCAAGACAUGUUGAUCGAAGUGACUUUUUCACCUCAUUCUAUGAGAAAUUGAAGUUACAAGAAGAAGUAAAAGACUUAAGAGCUGUUGAAGAGGCGUUUGUACCCGUUAUCAAACUCUGUUUUGACGGAAUAGAGAUUGAUAUUUUGUUUGCAAGAUUAGCACUGCAGACAAUUCCAGAAGAUUUGGACCUACGAGAUGACAGUCUCCUUAAAAACUUAGAUAUAAGAUGCAUAAGAAGCCUUAAUGGUUGCAGGGUAACCGAUGAGAUUUUACAUCUAGUACCAAACAUUGACAACUUCAGGUUAACUCUGAGAGCCAUCAAACUGUGGGCCAAACGGCACAACAUCUAUUCCAAUAUAUUAGGUUUCCUCGGUGGUGUUUCCUGGGCUAUGCUAGUAGCAAGAACUUGCCAGCUUUAUCCAAAUGCAAUAGCAUCAACUCUUGUACAUAAAUUUUUCUUGGUAUUUUCUAAAUGGGAAUGGCCAAAUCCAGUGCUAUUGAAACAGCCUGAAGAAUGCAAUCUUAAUUUGCCUGUGUGGGACCCAAGGGUAAACCCCAGUGAUAGGUACCAUCUUAUGCCUAUAAUUACACCAGCAUACCCACAACAGAACUCCACGUACAAUGUGUCCGUUUCAACACGGAUGGUCAUGGUUGAGGAGUUUAAACAAGGUCUUGCUAUCACAGAUGAAAUUUUGCUGAGUAAGGCAGAGUGGUCCAAACUUUUUGAAGCUCCAAACUUCUUUCAAAAGUACAAGCAUUAUAUUGUACUUCUAGCAAGUGCGCCCACGGAAAAACAGCGUCUGGAAUGGGUGGGCUUGGUGGAAUCAAAAAUCCGCAUCCUGGUUGGAAGCUUGGAGAAGAAUGAGUUUAUUACACUGGCUCAUGUGAAUCCUCAGUCAUUUCCAGCCCCCAAAGAAAGUCCUGACAAGGAAGAAUUUCGCACAAUGUGGGUGAUUGGGUUAGUGUUUAAAAAAACUGAAAACUCUGAAAAUCUCAGUGUUGACCUCACCUAUGAUAUUCAGUCUUUCACAGAUACAGUUUAUAGGCAAGCAAUAAACAGCAAGAUGUUUGAGUUGGAUAUGAAGAUUGCAGCAAUGCACGUGAAAAGAAAGCAACUUCAUCAACUGCUGCCUAGUCAUGUGCUUCAGAAAAAGAAAAAGCAUUCAACAGAAGGAGUCAAGUUAUCAGCUCUGAAUGAUAGCAGCCUUGACUUGUCUAUGGACAGUGAUAACAGCAUGUCUGUGCCUUCACCCACUAGUGCUAUGAAGACCAGUCCAUUGAACAGUUCUGGCAGCUCUCAGGGCAGAAACAGUCCUGCUCCAGCUGUGACCGCAGCAUCUGUGACCAGCAUCCAGGCUUCUGAGGUUUCUGUGCCACAAGCAAAUUCCAGUGAAAGCUCAGGGGGUCCAUCGAGCGAAAGCAUUCCUCAAACUGCCACACAGCCAGCCAUUUCUCCACCACCAAAGCCUACAGUCUCCAGAGUUGUCUCCUCAACACGUCUGGUAAACCCAUCGCCUAGACCUUCAGGAAAUGCAGCAACAAAAGUACCUAAUCCUAUAGCAGGAGUCAAGAGAACGUCCUCACCCCAUAAAGAAGAAAGUCCUAAGAAAACCAAAACAGAAGAGGAUGAAACAAGUGAAGAUGCUAACUGUCUUGCUUUGAGUGGACAUGAUAAAACAGAAACAAAGGAACAAGUUGAUGUGGAGACAAGUACGAUUCAGUCAGAAACUGUUCCGGCAUCAGCUUCUCUGUUGGCCUCUCAGAAAACAUCCAGUACAGACCUUUCUGAUAUCCCUGCUCUUCCUGCAAAUCCUAUUCCUGUUAUCAAGAAUUCAAUAAAACUGAGACUGAAUCGGUAAAACCACCUCAGGGUCCAUAAACAGUAUCUGCCAACUCAACCUGUUGUCUUCAGAUGCUUAAAAAAAAAAAAAAAAAAAAAAAAAAUGAAAGAAAGAAAAAAAAAGAAUGGAGGGUACAAGACUAGACCUGACAGUGGAUUUAGGUUUUUGGAGACCUCCCUCACUUGGGCUCAUCAGCACUUGAUCGGAAGUCCAGGUUAGUAUGUGAAGCCAGGAGUACUAUUAUUAUUGUGUUAGCAGCAGUUGCAUUAACUAUUUCAGAAAAAUUACUGCCUUUAAGAAGGAAAAAAAAAACAAAACAAAACCCUCAAGCUAUGUUUGUAUCCAUAAUUGACAUCCGGAUUGGGUUUAUAUGUGAUGCAUUGUUUGGAAAAUUUGCAAUACAAACUGGCAUAAGGAUUCCUUAUUCUGAUGAUGCACUUUUAUGUAUUUUUUAUUAGAAAGUAGAACUAAUUUUAGAUUUUCAACUUAAUGGAUUUUCAAUUUUUUUUUUCCCAAAGAAUUUUCUUUACAAUUAGUCUUUAAAUUGGAUGCCUUGUGCGAUGGUGUACUGCUCUGCCUCAGAGAGGACAAGAGGGCACCUAGCUCAGUCCUUACAAGCUGUAACCCUUAGGGUGAACUGUCAAGGCUAAGCUAUACUUGGACACUGAAAGAAGAAUUAGGAGAUUCUUGGUUUUGAUGGGGUUAUGAUUAAGAAGUAUAUAUUCCUUUUAUUUAUAGAUUUGUUUUAUAGUGCAUACAAAUCAGUCAGCCAACAAGUGUGGUCUUUGAGCUUUCUGAAGCUCUCUGUUCUUUUGCCUUCAGUCUGUUAUCUUCAAAACAAACAAAAGCGCUUUCUCUCUCGCCUUUUGCCUUUCUUUUUUCCCUUUUGCGUAUAUGUACAAGGUAAGGCUUAUUUCACAGAAACCAGAAUGCCAGUAUUUUUCUAAGCCAUGACAUGAAACUGGUGACCCUGUGGCUAUAUGACACAGAACACUAACUUUGUCCCAUGGCUGGAACUUGAGAAUGACUGAAAGCCAUACCUGUGAAGCAUCUCCCAAGGAUGGCCAUUUGAUCUCUGAGAGGAUUUUUGUACACUCCACAGAACUCCUGUUCCUGUCUUAGACAAAUUGAUUUUUAAUUUUAAAAGUGGCAAAAAGGCAUUUUCUUCCAGAUUUUUAAACUAAUUUUCAUUUUUAACCAGUUUAUCAAAAUUUGUCAGUGAAUUUUACAUACAGAAACAUUUUAAAAAUCAUUUCUAGCAAGCACUUGACAUUUAGUCAGCUCUCCACUUUUGAAUUUUUUUGUUCUAUCAAAAAAUUAGAAACCUUCUUUAAAGACAAUUAAUUCUCAUAAUUAAGUAGUAGAAUUCUCGUCCAUCUUUGUGACGUCUGAGGGAUGCCAGGUGUUGAUAAACUUAGUCUUUCUUAAUCUGGAUAAAGCAACCCUUUAGCAGCAGAUCGUUGUAUGAGCAUGGUUUUGAGUCCUCCGUUUCGCUGCAUUCUAUCACACAUUUAUGCAUUUUCAUGUUAAACUGCAAUUACUUAAACUCUUCCCUGUCCUUCUAAAUUAAUUUCCAAAGUUGAAGUAUAGUCUUUUCCCCGUAAGCUAUGCAUUAAUUAAGGCUUUCUUUUACCACUUACAUUGUUUCUAUACAGUAUUUCUACUCUCCACCUCUUGCUCUGCAGUCACCUUUCCCUUCCUCCCACCACUUGAGUAACGAAGGCAGUCCUCUAACAGGUGAUGUGUAAUGUGUCUGUGUGUGUAGCUUCAGGGUUAGAUUGACAUCACCAGGCACAGAUUUAGUCCUGUCAUUUUGUUUACACAUUGGGGAAAUUUUCAGUUUAAUAAACGUUCCAUGUAACUGCAUCCAAGUUUCACCAGGCUGGAGAUGUGGAUUUUUUUCUGUGUAGUGACUUUUUAAUUCUAGUUUUCAUACCCUGGAGAUCAGACUGUUGCUUUCGCAUGAUGUAAGUAGUGUCUCCUGACCGGAGUUUGCUUUGUUUUAUAGUAUCUGUACUCCUUGUAUUUUUCAAGAGCUAUUUUGUAAACAGAUGAUGUAUUUCUCCAUUGAAAACACAAUAAAAAAAAAAAAAAAACAGCACAA